AGCACCGUGCAACUCGGCGUUCAGUCCUGUUGCUUCAGCUCCUGUCUUCCAGCUCCUGAAACCUGUCCCAACUCUGUAGAGAGAAGAGAGACCAUGAGUCACGCCACGGUCCGAACCUCCUACCGCCGCACAUUUGGGGCUGCUCCUCCCAUGCCCCUGUACUCUCCUGUCUCCUCUAGGAUUUCUCUUUCUGGGGGGCGCUACCUGAGCUCUGCCCCAUUGGCCUCCACCCGCUCCGUUGGUUACCGGGUCCGAUCCAGCGUGCCCGCCCCGCGCCUGUCCUACGAAAAGGUGGACUUUUCCCUGGCGGAGGCGAUCAACCAGGAGUUCCUGACUACACGCAGCAAUGAGAAGGCAGAGCUUCAGGAGCUCAAUGACCGCUUUGCCAGCUUCAUUGAGAAGGUGCGCUACCUGGAGCAGCAGAACGCGAGCCUGCAGUCCGAGCUGAGCCACUUCAAGGGCCAACAGGAAUCAAGCAGGGCUGAUGAGCUCUUCCAGCAGGAGCUCCGUGAGCUGCGCCGGCAGCUGGAGGUCAUGGGCAAAGAGAGGGACCAGUUCCAGGUAGAGAGGGACAACCUGGCUGACGAUCUGGCCCUCCUGAAACAGAGGCUUGAUGAGGAGGCCCAGAAGAGAGCAGAAGCUGAGAACAACCUGGUCCUCUUCCGCAAGGAUGUGGAUGAUGCCACUCUGUCUCGCCUUGAGCUCGAGAGGAAGAUUGAGUCUUUGAUGGAUGAGAUUGAGUUCCUGAAGAAGCUGCAUGAUGAGGAAAUCCAGGAUGUCCAAGUGACCGUGCAGACCCAGCAAGUGAAGAUGGAGGUGGACUCUAGCAGGCCCGACCUGACCUCUGCGCUCCGAGACAUCCGGGCCCAGUAUGAGAGCAUCGCCUCCAAGAACAUGCAAGAAGCUGAGGAGUGGUACAAGUCCAAAUUUGCUGACCUGACUGACUCUGCAAAACGCAACAACGAGGCUCUGCGGCAGGCAAAGCAGGAUUCCAUGGAAUCAAGGAGACAGAUCCAGGCCUUGAACUGCGAGAUUGAUGCACUGAAGAGUACGAACGAAGCUCUGCUGAGGCAGAUGAGAGAGAUGGAAGAGCAGUUUGCGGUGGAAGCUGGUGGGUACCAGGACUCUGUGGCUCGCCUGGAAGAGGAGAUCCGUCACCUCAAGGAUGAGAUGUCCCGUCACCUCAGGGAAUACCAAGACCUGCUCAAUGUCAAGAUGGCAUUGGAUAUUGAGAUUGCCACCUACAGGAAAUUGCUGGAGGGCGAAGAGAGCCGGAUUGCUGUCCCUAUCCUUAAUAUCUCUUCUAUGAGUAUUCGCAGUGCUGACCCUGACCGCACCCUGGACACCCGAAAAAAGACUGUCCUGAUAAAAACCAUUGAGACUCGUGAUGGGGAGGUCGUGAAGGAGUCAAAGACAGACCGAGAUUUGGAUGGAGAAGACUAGAGAAACAACUUUGCUCCUGCUCUAGAGAAAAGAAAGAAAAAGAAAGUUUUUAAAACCUCCCUUUCACUUAAUCUAAAGUCCUUUAACAAGGUAUCAUUCCAUUAUACUAAUAAACACUACACAGUAUUCUCUUUACUCAACCACAGUUAUAGGUAUGGAAUGUUGCUUCACACUGGUAAUCUUGGAUGAAAAUUAGACUGAUGUUCUAGCUCUGAAGUCUGUAUGACUUUAUAGUCUAUAUUUUAGCCUCUUCUUGAAAAACAUGGUUUACAAGGUCUGUGUGAACCAGUUACAUAACAUGAACUAGUUGAAAUAUAUAUGUCUGCGAUAUAAGAAAACACAUUUCGCUACUCGUUAGAGAUUCUCUUAGUAACACAUAUAUUUGACAAACAUCAUUAUGAUUUGGUGCAGGGAUAUGUUCUAGCAUUACCUAUGAGGGGUGCUAGGUGGCACAGUAAUUAUGGCCAUUGCCUUGCAGUCUCAAGGUUCAUAGUUUGGAUCUGGUUGCAGCAAGCUACUUAUCAUGAUUUGUUUCACACAGAAUUCCCAUGUGUACAACUGGAUAAAAAGCUGUAAGUAGCUUAGGAUACAAACACUGCAAAUUGCCCUGGACAAAGACAUCAGUCAAACAAAGACUUAUAAUAAUGAGUGACCAGCCAGUGAGCAAAGCAUUAAAACCCCUCUGCACCUGGAAGAACUGCGAGUGUGUUGCAACACUGUCAUCAACACCUUUAAUGAAAGAGGUCAUAUAAUGCGACCUAUAUUACAACAUACCAGUAGUCUCUCUAACAACCCCUACCCCCCCUAGAAAACAUGCUCUUAUCAUUGUGUUUUGAUGGUGUGUGUUGUGUUCUUGGUGAACAGAUGCAAAUAAAGUCAG